AUGUCCCAUGGAGAAACCAGUACGGAUACUGCUUCUUUCCUGGCUUUUCACUUGCUUGGAGCUGCUGUUUCUGAUGAAGGCUGGUGGAGUAUUGACUGCGGCAGCAGCAGUUCUCAUGUUGUCGACGGCUCUAUUUCAUGGGAAAUCGACACCAACUACACCAAAGCCGAUUCCAACAGGCGGGUUCCGCAGAACCAAGCAGUUGAAGAAAUGAACACCCUCCGCUUCUUCCCUAACCAGACUGACAACAACUGUUACGUUAUACCCCUAAAAUUUCCAGGAUUCAACCAUAUCGUUCGCGCUGGAUUCUACUAUGGCAACUACGACGGUCUGUCUAAGCCCCCCACAUUUGAUCUAAAACUAGAUAGGGAAAAUUGGACGACAGUGAACACUUCAUCGUCGGUGGAUGGAGGGCUUCCGAUAUACCAUGAAGCCAUUUAUUUGACACGCUCAGGCAACCUCACUGUGUGCUUAGUACAAACCAUGGAUCGAGAGGUGCCCUUCAUUUCUUCUCUGGAGGGUGUGCCGAUAAGGAAUAUCUACGAGGAGGUAUUGGACACUACUACUGCAACUUUACAUUUAGUCGCUAGUACCAACUUUGGUGGCUCUGAAGUCAGGUGA